UUUAACCUCCUUGGAAACCCUCGGACCUAUAACUGCUCCCUGGACAUCAGAGAUGCCACGAGGAACGAUGAGGGAACAUACUUUUUUCGUGUGGAGAGAGGACAAGACAGGUCAUGGAAUUACAGAUCUAACCUGCUCUCCGUGCACGUGACGGCCCUGACCCAUACACCCCACAUCCUCAUCCCGGGCACCCUGGAGUCUGGCCUCCCAACAAACCUGACCUGCUCUGUGCCCUGGGCCUGUGAGCGGGGCACACCCCCCAUCUUCUCCUGGACCUCAGCUGCCCUCAACUCCCUGGGCCCCAGGACUCUCCUGUCCUCCGUGAUCACCCUCACCCCUCGGCCCCAGGACCACGGCACUAACCUCACCUGUCAGGUGAAGUUCCCUUCAGCUGGUGUGACCGUGGAGACAACCAUCCAGCUCAACAUCACCUAUNCACAGAACCCCAACAUUGGUGUCUGCUUAGGAGACGGCUCAGGGGAACCGGGGACCAGGGCAGGAGUGGUUCUGGGGGCUGUCACAGGAGCUGGUGUCACUGCACUGUUUGCUCUCUGCCUCGUCCUCAUCUACUUCAUAGUGAAGACCCACAGGAAGAAAGCAGCCAGAACAGCAAUGGGUGUGGACGACAUCCAUCCUGCCCUUGGACCAACUUCCCUGGUGAGUGAUGUGGGCAUCCUGGCAUGCAGCCUGCUCCACACAUUUCCUGAGUGA